AUGUCCACUCGAUACCACCAAGCUGCUAACGAUAGCUACCUUCAGCUUCUGAAAGAGGCUACCAAGCGGGACCUGAAUCUUUCUGAUGAAGAUGGCAUGACUCCCACUAUCUUGGCAGCCUACCAUGGGAACUUGGAAGCCCUAGAAAUAAUCUGCAGCAGAGGGGGAGACCCCAAUAGGUGUGACAUCUGGGGAAAUACUCCUCUGCAUUACUCAGCCUCCAACGGCCAUAUCUACUGUGUGUCAUUCCUGGUCAACUUUGGAGCCAACAUCUUUGCCCUGGAUAAUGACUUACAGACUCCACUGGAUGCUGCUGCCAGCAGGGAGCAGAAUGAAUGUGUUGCUCUCCUGGAUAAAGCUGCCACAGCCCAGAACCUCACGAACCCCAAGAAGGUCGCCAGGCUGAAGGAGCAGGCUCAGAAGAAUGCCAGGAGGCAGAUCAAAGAGUGUGAGAGGCUCCAAGAGAAGCACCAGAGUAAGAUGGCCCGCACCUACAGCAAGGACAGAUCAGGGACCCUUUCUUUUUCCAAGGGUACCUUCUCUAGGUCAUCCUCUCCAAGUGCUUCUGCUGCCAGCACUUUCGGGUCACUGUCUAAGGGCAUUAAAGAUACCUUCAAGAUAAAGUUCAAGAAGAACAAAGAUACAGCUGAGCAGGUGGGGAAGGAAGGCAGAAGUAGGCAGAGGAACAUGAUGGAAGUGUUCAGAGAGGAGGAAGACGACUCAUUCUCGGGGGACUUCAAAGAGAGGCUCCAGUUCUCAGCAGAGGAGGACAGCGUCGUGCAGCAUGAAUCCAUUCUCAGCCGACCAGGUCUAGGAAGUAUUGUUUUUACAAUGGACAGAGUGUCAAGUCCUGAAGACAUUUCAGACAGCAAGGGGGAGUUGGGAUUUAAAAUGCCCAGUGAAUUGCUUCAUAGGCAAGGAGUGGCAGAAGCUGAGGCUGAUGAGGAGGGAGAGCAAAACGGCCUUAAUGAUGAUCUGCCUUGGGAUGAGGAUGAAGUGGCGUGGGAGGAAGAUGGGGGUGAUGCCACUCCCCUGGAAGUAUUCUUGCAGUCACAUUACCUGGAAGAAUUCCUUCCCAUUUUCAUGAGAGAGCAGAUUGAUCUGGAAGCUCUGUUGCUUUGCUCUGAUGAGGACCUUCAGAGCAUACAAAUCCAGCUGGGUCCCAGGAAGAAAAUUCUGAAUGCCAUAAGCAGAAGGAAGCAGGUGCUACAACAGCCCGGGCAGCUAGUCGACACUGGCCUUUGA